UCUGUGUUCAACCUCUCCUUCUGGCUCUCUCCAUCUUCUCUUUCUUUUCUUCUUCAUCUUUUCUGUAGACCUUUGCUGCAUCUGUACACCCUCAAGGCUUUCAACAAGACCGGGCAAAAACAGCAAACACAUUCUCCUCCAUAAAAAUUCUUGAGUCACUUUUUCAAGAAACCGCCGGUCAAGCCUUCAGCUGUUUGCAGUAUCGGCGUGGGAGAAAGAAACCAUGUCUCAGCAGAUGUUGCUCUUGAUGGUGGUGUCCAUGUGGCUUUUUGCCGGGUACUUCCUGGCAGAGGCAACAUAUUCCAACCAACAUAUGCACAACCGCUACCGUGCAUUUAAUCACCAUGCCAACAUGGACAAUCAGCUUCCUCCAGAGGUACCUGUGUUGAUGGAAGCAGUGGCCCCUCGUCCAGUCAACUUCAGUCGCACCUUUUAUGGGAUCAUGUUUGAUGCUGGCAGCACUGGCACCCGUAUCCAUAUUUACAAGUUCAUUCAAAAAGACCCAGUUGAGCUUCCAGUGCUUGACAGUGAGAUGUACAAUGCUGUGAAGCCUGGACUGUCAGCGUAUGCGGAUAUGCCCGAAGUGGGUGGAGAAACCAUUCGGCAGCUGUUGAAGGUCGCGAAAAAGACUAUUCCCAAAGAGCAAUGGAUACAGACACCUGUGGUUCUGAAAGCCACUGCCGGCUUGCGCCUGCUGCCUCAAGAAAAAGCCAAAGCCCUUUUAAAUGAGGUCAAAGAAAUUUUUGAUGACUCUCCUUUCUUUGUGCCAGAAAACAGUGUCACCAUCAUGAAUGGCACCAAUGAAGGGGUCUUGGCAUGGGUUACAGUAAACUUCCUCACAGGUCAUCUGUAUACUAAAACAAGAAAAACUGUUGGGAUCCUGGAUUUGGGUGGGGGUUCAACUCAGAUUACUUUCCUUCCUAGGUUAAAGAAAACUGUGCUGACUGCUCCUGCAGACUAUAUUGCCAAAAUCAAUAUGUUCAACAGCACUUUUAAGCUGUAUACUCACAGUUAUCUUGGAAAUGGACUAAUUGCUGCACGACUGGCAACUCUUGGCGCUCUUGGUGCUGAUGGUCUUGAUUGGAAAGUUUUCAGAAGUUCUUGUUUACCCAAAAAAUUCAGAGAAGACUGGAGUUUCGGUGGACUCACCUACAAAGUCAGUGGAAUCCCAGAUGGUUUUGCAGGGUAUAAGUUGUGCUACCAAGAGAUAAUGCAGGUGGUGAAAGGGAUUGUGCAUCAGCCCUUUGAAGUCAAGGGAAGCAGCAUCUUCUAUGCCUUCUCCUAUUACUAUGACAGAGCUGUGGAGUCUGGUCUCAUUGAUGGAUCCCGUGGUGGUACUGUGGAAGUCAGGGAUUUUAAAAAGAGAGCCAAAGAAGUGUGCAACAAGAUGACUAAAUACCGUCCAAUCAGCCCCUUUUUGUGCAUGGACAUGACCUAUAUCACAUGCCUGUUGAAAGAGGGAUUCGGGUUCAAGGACAGCACUGUUCUGAAGCUUACUAAAAAGGUGAAUAAUGUGGAGACAAGCUGGGCACUCGGCGCUAUCUUCGAUCAUUUCCACAAUCUCAACAUUCAUUAAAGCCAGCAGUCUUGCAAUGGACACCAGCAUGAGGGGGAGCACAGGAGUCAAGCAGGGGCAAAACUCACCUGAUCAAGUAGCCCCUCGUCCUCCUCCAUAACUCUUAAGUGAGUUAAGACCGGCCCUGCACUGCAGCCCUGUAUCACAACGCCUUUCCCCCUCACCAGCUUAACACUUACAGAACUGUUCACAAAGAAAUCACUAUAUUUUUGUAAAGAUGGCCAGGCCAGCCUGCAAUUUCUACUGUAUGUUUAAAUUUUUUCAGUUGUCGUCUCACCUGAGACACUGUCUGUCUGUCUGUCUGUCUGUCUGUCUAACUUGGCAGUUUUCAAAGUUUCAGUGUUUAACUCACCCAUUUAAAGCUCUUGAUUCUUGUUGUUGUGCAGGAUAUUGUGCAGUGGGACACAUGUAAAAACAUUGUGUUUAUUAUUGAAGCUUCUGUAGCCUUUUCUGCAGUAAUCUGUUAGUGGUAGUGCUUGCACAGUAGUGUAGUGCUGUUAUAGGCAAAUUAUAAUUAAGUUUCCAUUUAGUGUCCCUAUCUAGCACUUAACACUUUAACGUAGCUGGUUCAGGUACAGCCAUCUGUUUUGGAAAGUUGUUUGGGAUCAGCAGCUUAACCUGAGGUUGAUUGGGCAGGUAGGGAUAAGGACAAAUCAUACAUGUACAGUCACUUUACUUUGGGUACAUGAGUGCUGUUAUACAUAUUAAUGAAUAAUUCAAGUAUUUAUGCUUAUCUGUUUGUAUAUUAAGAAAGUUAGCAUAGCAGAGUUGGAGAGCUGAGUUGGAAAAUUUUCAGAAGCAUAUCACAUUUGGUGAAAUUCUAUAGCAUUUUUUUUUUUUUUUAGCCAAGGUCUAACCAGCCAUGGCUUUUAACACUGAAUGGCAUGCAGUUAAAUACACUUGCACUGCAGCCAUUAUCAAAUUAUAAAAAGUAUAUAAAUGCUUACAUGGCUAAAUCCUAUAUACUUUGAUAAAAUAUAACUCAAAUGACUAGUGGUCAGAAGUUAUUAAAGUAGACAUUAUGUGUUACUGUAUUCUAUUCAAAUGGAGUUAUUUUUAUACCAACAAACAGAGUUUAGAGUACUCUGGACCUCACUUAUAUCUUUAAACUUGGGUUGGUUAUUGUGGAUGGCUGUAAGUCAUUUUAGGGGGUCAUUGUGUACAACAGUGUUGAAACGUUACUGCUUUAUGUAUGCAGAGAUGCUCAGGUGUAAUUGGGCACAACUUUGUUAGAUUUUGUGACAGGUGCAUACUGCUGACCGACUUGGCAGUAUCAUGUUAAGUGCGUUUUGUGAAUUAUUGUACAAAUAUUUAUUACAUGAAUACUUGCUAAAUAUGCAGUGUGCCAUUGUUGCACCUCUUAAUCCAUCUGCUUCUUUAAAGCCGCUACAGUAGGCUAUAGCUUUUUAUGUAUUACUAUGUUUGUAUAUACACAUCAGUAAUGUACUUGUUUACCAGUUGUCAUAAUUCAAUGGCAUGAAAUUAUCAGUUAUUCUUGACAGCAAAUGCUAUAAAUAUGCUUUCUAAUUCAAUGUUGUGUAUGACGUGAUAUUGUACAUGAAAGAAAAUAUAAUAAAAAUCUGUUGAAUUG